GUGCACAGCACGGCCACCGGACACAGCGGAUCACCGAUCAAUGGAAACAGCCGAUGACGUCGGCUCUGUCAUGUGAUCAGCUGUGUCCAAUCACAGCUGAUCGCAUAGGAGAGCCAGUAAUUGGUAUUUCUCAGAGGGGACAUGUACACUGAUCAUCAGGGCACUGAUGAUCAGUGCCCUGAUGAUCAGUGUAGUCCCAUCAGUGCCACCUGUCAGUGUCCAUCAAUGCCACCUGCCAGUGCCCAUCAGUGCCACAUCAAUGCCACAUAUCAGUGCCUACCAGUGCACUAUAAUUUCACAUAUCAGUGCCCAUCUGAGCUGUCUUCCAGUGCCACCUAUUAGUGCCAGUCAGUGCCGCCUAUCAGUGCUGCCAAUCAUUGCCACCUAUCAGUGC